UGAGCAAGACCCAAUCAGAGACUUCUUCGAUUCUGAUUGGCUGAUGCGAGAGACCGUCGCGCGUGCGUGCAAAUCCUUGUCCGGUUUCGCGCCCAGCCCGAAGAGUAAGAUGUGCGUUUUUCAACCUGGAAUUAAUAUUGAUCUGCUUUCUUGUUUUGCGGACGUCAGUCAAAAACCGCACAAUUAUACCUUAUAACUUAAGUAGUUCUGGACGAGUUAUUCGGAAUGUUGUAAGUAUAUUGCGUCUUUAAGUUACAGAUUCAUUGUGAAGCAGAGCAUUUCCAUCAGCUGGAUGCAGAGUGUAGCUUUGACCGAAUCGGUCCGCUGCAAGAAGACUAACACCGUUUCACAGAUGUUCAGGAGCUCUCCGUCUCCUGCGCUGAGAUGUAGGGUAGAAACUCGUAGAAGGAGCUCUGCUAAACACCGUGGCCAUUCUGAGAAAAGGUCAGAGGUGCUGGAGCAAACAUACCAAAGCAGACGGAGACGGCGUAGUAGGAGUGUCACACAGGGGAGUGCUGGGUCAGAUAACACCAGCACCAUCAUAAGUGAUGAAGGGACCCAUGUGGACACGCUGGAGAAGAAUGGCACAAACUUCUUCAGCCUGACUGAGGAUAGUGGGGAUCUUGAUGAAAGUGUGACAGAUGACACACUCUGGAUCCUGGAGAACAAUAGCAUCCAGGACAGAGAACCUGUUGUCUGUGUGCUGGAUGAUCAAAAUUUGGAUGUUGUUGAAGUUGGAAGUGUAAAAGACAAGGAUGAUUCCUUCGACUCCCUGUCAUGGACAUCCACGGCCUCUGGUCCAACGCUUUUAGAAGACAAGAGGCCCCUGGUACCCUGUCAGAACUGUGCAAAGCUCUUUACAAAAAUGAAGAAAGUGAAGCGCUGGAAAAAGAUAAUUGAUUAUGAUCCUGCCUCCUUGUCAUGUGACCAGUGGGUGUUGAACAAAAGGUGGAAACCAAGUAGACCACAUAACCUGAAAGGACGGUUGUGGGUACACUUGAGCCGAAUAAGAAAGAGGAUUUUCAGCUGCGUUGACGUUGAACAAUGGAACGAGUCUCAGGCUUGCUCCAGACCCCAUGUAUUUCUGCAGAGAAACUUAAGGAGGUGCAGGAAAAGCCCAGCUUCAGGAAGAAGGCAGCGAGAACAGCAUCUAGCAAAGGGGAAAAAACGGGCCGCCUCAGCCAGUUUAACUGGGCAGCACAGAAGGGGUGCAAAGAAGAAACGAAGCAGGAUGGGGAAGGCAGAGGGACCUGAGGUGUGUCUGCAGGGGACAUCCUCUCAGGGUAGCAAUGGAAAUACUGGCCAUGACAGCACCUGGAACCAAGUGAGGAACGAGUGCUCAAACAGGGUCUGCAGGGUGUUGGACUUUGACAUGGGAGAGCCAGAGGCCACAGACCACGAAGGCCCCAGUGUGUGGUGUCAGUACAAGAAUGGGCUACAGCAGAACUCUGAGGGGGCACCUGUCCGUCAAAGGUCAAAGGUCAGGGGGGCGAACGAGGGUUCUAGGCAACUCCCAGAUGGGGGACACCAAGGCCACUUCUCCUGGGUUCAGAAAGGGGGUUUCAGGUCACUGCUGGCAGAGCUAGAGAGCAACAGAAGCACAGUCAUCCAAGAGCUUUAGCACCCUGUGUUGCACUAAACUUUUUAAAAUCUGUAUUUGUUUCACAGCUGUAAGUAGCAGACUAAAUUUUGUAUUGUCUGAAUUUGUGUUUAAAAGUCAAGUUUAAUUGUUCUGUUUCUCACUUAUUCAGUGAGGUGGGCAUAA